GUGGAGGCCUUUCGAAGCUCCGUGAACCGGGUGGAGGCACUUCUCGCGGCGCGGCGCACGCAGCGCCUGGUUCUCCUGAGCACCUCCCAGCGCUACCUGGAGCGCACGGCGCGGAGAGUUCAGGUGGCGAAGCAGCAGUGCGGGAAGCCGGGACAGCGUAAGUUGGAGCUCGCCAAGGUGAAGGCGGAGCAGCUGGCCGAGGCCAAGCGGACCCGGGCGGAGAUCGAGAA